AUGCCUGCUACCGUGACCUCACCUACCCCUGCGCGCACAGUCAACAAAGCUGCCUUGCAGAAGCCACGCGCCCCCGUAGCUCUCAAGAAAACAAGGAUAGUGAGGCGUAGAGGCAGAGCGAAAGACGCUGUAGAAAGCGAAGAUGAGUUUCAGAGGGAGGUGGGAACGGAUUCAGAGUCGGACGAUGGUGACCUGUCAUCGCUCGACUCUGAGACGGACGAUUCCGACGCUGAACUUGCAUCUGAGAAUGUCCUUUCCAAUCAUCAUCCACACGCCCGCGCCCUCAGCCUCAACGAGGGCGCACGACCCGUUGACGAAGACAAGGUGGGCCACUUGAACGGAGAUGUGGCGCCUUUCUUUGCUCCCUCCGGAAACUGGUCGGAAAUGGUGGCAGACGAAAAUGCCAACGGACCCGCGGACCUUCCAGUCAUUGAGUUUACCGAGUUUAACGGCGAGACCAAUUUUCCCAACAAGCAAACCACUCGUUCGAGGAAGAGUUCGCCAAGACAAAGGCGCUCUUCAUCGAGCCCUCCUACAUCCGCACCCGCACCCACUUCUAACGGCGCAGUGGCUCACGAAGACGAGGGAGAUAAGGAGGAGGAAUCUGGAGAUGGAGAAGAAGCUGUUUCAGCGUCGACUUUGCCCAGACGAGCCCCUGGUCAGACCGCCCGCCAAGCCUACCAACAACGCCUCGAGACUGAUCCGUCAUAUGUCCCUACUGUGGGUGGGUUCUGGGGACAUGACGACCGCUUGAUGGAUAAGGAUUUGCGAAGCCUGAGUGGAUGGUGGAGAGGUCGAUGGCAGGGAAGAGGCCGUGGGCGAGGCUUUCCGAUGAGAGGUGGGGUUCGGGGUGGUUUCCAUGGCCGGACAGCUCAAGAGAACGGAGACGUUUCAACAGAGCACGAUGGGGAUGUUCCUCCCGUUGAUCGCCCUUGGACUCAUGACGGAUUUGAGGAAAUGAAACAGAGAGAAGAGCAACGCCGUCUCGAGCAAAAUUCCGGUCAUCAAGAAAACCCAUCGUUCCGUGGGGGCAACCGUGGUGGAAGGGGAGGUUUUGCGUCUGUGCGUGGCGGACGUGGUGGCUUUGGCCGUGGUUUUGCAGCAUCUCCCACUAGGAUGCGUGUUGCUUCCCCUCUCGGGCGAGUCUGGUUCACCAUGAAGCCUGAGCUCAUGUGGACGAAACAACACGACGGUUUCCUUUACUUUGAGUCUGCUCUGAAGCCCCGUACAGGUCAAGGUCCUGCGUAUCGCAUCAGGUUGCCAGGAUCCCAACCCAGUGUGAUCCGAUCUACUCAGCGCACACGACCUACCACUGCAUCGACUUCUACGUCUGAUUCCAUUAGCUCAAACAGUUCAGACUUCGAUCUCGUCGUCCGCCUUCCCACACGGGCCGGAAAGCGAAAGGCGGCGGCUGAUGCUCCAAAGCAGAAAGCAGAAACCCCCAUCGAGGAAGUCUUUACCGUCAGAUUGAAGCCGGCUGUUAAACCCAUCCCAGUUCCUGACUCAACAUCUGCCCCUACUGAUAACGUGCCUCUUCCCAUAAUCAGUCAACUUUCACAGGAAUCUAGGCCCCAGGCGGCUACUGAUCCUCUGCCUCAACCCUCCAUACCAUCACAGCUCGAGCAGUUGUCUGUUGAACCUCAAGCCUAUGAUCCAGAACGACAGGCCCUCACGGAGCAAGCUGUUUUACGCAAGCCUUCAUCAGAUAGCCCGGUGGAGAUCCAUGAACCUGAACCCUCUCACUCUGACCAGCGGCCUGUCCUUGCUCCUUUGCAAACCGUAUUCACUCCACCUCCACCCCCACCUCCCCCAGCCACUCAGCCCUCCCCAGUUUAUGGAUCCCCUUAUGGCUAUGCUCUACCACACGGUAUUGCCGUGAAUCAACAUGGUAUGCCGUACGAGGUUGCCACUGGCCGUCCAGUUUACCUCCAACCACCACCUCCUCCACCCAUGUACAACCCUCGCCCUCUCAUGCACUCGCACAUGCCCCCACCUGGCAUCCCAUUUGUUCCAGGUCACCUGCGACACUCCUCAGUUGUGUCGCCCGAUUUGUUGUCCCAGCCUCCCUCACACACGCCUCCGAUGAGUGGUUUCAUCGACCCUUCCACUGGUACACCGAUAUUCUCCUUCCCACGCCAGACCUCUCGCAUUGAGAUUCGAGCCCCGACGGACGACGCAGCAAAGCUACCCAAACCGUCGACGCGCGGUCCGUCAGGACUCCGUACCACUGCGGCGACGUUUGAGCCGUCUCGGCCAUCUGAGACCACGGAGAAUGGGUUCUACCCUUCAAUAAGUAGUCCUUCGGACGGGAGCAGCCUUCCUUCGUACGAAAUUACAAGUGGAUUGGCCGACGAGGCUUCGCAACAACAACCUAUGAUGGCGUACGGGCAUUACCACCACCAACAGCCGUAUUAUUAUCCGGAGCAGCCACAGUAUGGAUAUCCUUCAUACAUGGAAAUGCCGCAGUACGACAUGUACAACAUGGACCACCAAGCUCCCCAGGGCACUAUUUAUUAUUAGGCAUUCUUGAUUUUUUCUUCUCUUUGUGUGUCCCCGCGCAUUGUUACAUAUAUUUUUUCCUUCAUGCUCACUCACGACGCUACGCCCCCGCCUCGCCUGUUGUUUUUCAUUUUGCUGACUCUCUUUUCUUGUUGUCUACACCACAUUGAUCUCGCUUUUAUUCGCAUAAACAUAUAGUGCUCCUAUAACUCUGUAGCUUGCCUCUCGUCGCCUUUCUUCGUUUGCGUUACUUUAGGACUCGACUCUGUGCUAUUUGAUGAGUAGUGUUGGAUUACUUAUCUUGGAAUCAUAUUUCUUUUUUGGUUCUUG